UGCAGUUGACAGGCACGCGCUUUCUAUCAAGCUUUCUUUCCAGUAAUAUCUCUUCUACAAAGGAUUCAUUCUCGAAACGUCUUACAUUACAUAGAUCGGCUUGAUGAUUGCAAUUAAAGGGAUAUUCUGAAGCCAGUUUCAUUUCAUCAUUACACUGAGAAGCGAGUUUCUUCCGGACUGUUUCUGUUAUAAUUUUAUCACCGCAGGAUACCCUGCCUGGUUCAACCUUAUGCCGUCAAUGACAAGUUCGGCUUCGUAUCAUCUACCUCACUUUUACACGAUCAUCAUGGUGUUUUGUGAUUUAAUGUUCUGGACGAAUAUCUCUUUUCCUGUCAACAUACAAUUCUUUUGAAGCAGCUGGUUUCCUUAACCUUCUGACUAACCUGUACUCAUUGGAAAUAGUUAAAAGGAUCAAUGCUGAACUAUUCUUUCGGGACUUGGAGCCUCCAUUUAACAUAUCUGAAACCUGGUCAAUCCUAAAAUUAUAACUGAUGACAAUGCACAUUGCAAUGAAAUAUAAUUAAAGUUCUCUCUCCCCAGGGUUCCUCCAUAUGGAUUUGAAUGAUUUUUUCAUUUUGAUAGACACUAGUUGUUGGGCUCAGUUUUUACUUAAUUGGAAUGUUUGCUAAGGUUCAUGAUUGGACAACAUAUUAACCCACAUUUUACAUUUUGACAGAUAUUCAAGAUGACAUCAGAGGUCAACCAAGUGCCAUUGAGUGAGCUGCCCAUGGACAACUGGAUGGCCCAUCUGCCCAGUGCACUGUGGGACACCCCUCUCUGUUACAUGGCUAUUCCAGGAAGCCAUAAUGCCAUAACUUACUGUCUGGAUAAAAAUGACCGUUCUCCAGUGGACCUCACUCAACCAGAUAUGCUGCAGAAGCUGGACAAGUACAUGAAACCCAUCAUACGCCCGUUUGUUUACAAGUGGGCGAUAGCACAGGAGUCUAGCGUUAGGGAGCAGUUAGAUUCUGGAGUGAGAUACUGUGACCUGAGGAUAGCACAUCGGCCUAAUGACAGCUCUAAUGAUCUCUACUUCUACCAUGGUGUUUAUACCACUAUUACUGUCGAGACGGUAUUAAAAGAGAUCAGAGAGUGGCUGGAUGUUCAUCCAAAGGAAUUAGUCAUCCUCUCUUUUAGCCACUUCCUGGGCCUCUGUCAAGAACGCCACUUACUGCUUUUCUCAAUGAUAAAGAGUGUUUUUGAUUCCAAACUGUGCCCCAAAACGGAGCGUGUGACAUUACGGAAUUUAUGGAGCCAGGGUUACCAAGUCAUCAUUUCAUAUGAGCACAAUAUUGCCAACUGCCACAAAGAGUUGUGGUCCCAUAUACCUUAUUGGUGGGCCAACAAGUGCAAGGCUGAAGCGCUGAUCGAGGAAUUUGAACGUAAGAAACAAAGUGGCCGACCAGGAGGGUUCUUUGUGACUGGCAUCAAUCUUACUGAAGAUUUGAAGUACAUAUGCUCCCAUCCCACUGAAUCACUGAAGGAUAUGGUGAUGUCCGCAUAUCCCACAUUACUCAGCUGGGUCCGGCAGCAGAUGCCUGGCUCUAACACUGGCUCCCUCAACAUCAUAGCUGGAGACUUUGUGGCCGAGAGCCAGUUCAUACCAACCGUCAUUGCACUGAAUGAAAAUCUACUUAACAGGACCAUAAUAUCAGAGCCUUGACAGACUCUUAAUCUGCAUAAUGUAGAACGCAUUUAACAUUUGAGAAGUUUCUUGUGAUGGAUUUUUAUACUAGUCACUAGACUAUAAAUUAACUUUACAUUUUUUGAGUAAAAGGGUGAUAGAGAAUUUUGAGUUAUGCAUAGAAUAAUUUAAUGCACUGAUUUUUAUGACUUGAAUCUUGGUUAGCUUACUUAUGGCGUUUCCAAUAUAUACCUCUGAUCUUGCAAUAAUGUUGGUCAUUUGGAAGGACCUGGUCCUGGAUCUGGACAUUAUCACGGUCCAUUUUAUCCCAACAUCAAAAUACAGCACCAGUCACAAGCAUAAUGUUACAUUCAUACUGUAGUACCAGUGAGCAGAGAACCAGAAUUUCAUAAUGUGCAUGAGGAUUGCUGAAGCCUACUCAAUCCAAGCCUGCAAAAAUGGAAUCAAACACUCAGGAUUGUGCAUUCUUUAUGAUAUAUAAACUUUUCAACUUUGUACUGUAUGGAAUGACAAACUGGAGAUAUGGUUACAUCUCUGCAUGGUAUUCACAAACAAAAGCAUGAGACAUUGUGGAAUAUUUCUGCAAUUGCAUAUAUGUUUUCUACCAUAGUAGCAUGCUAUUUAAAUGCAACUGCAUCAUGCAAUUUUAGCAAUAUGUCAGCAGUUUUGGCUUCUCAUAGACAAAAUUAUAAUCACAAGUAUCAACAGUUUGAAUGGAGGACAUGGACCUAACACAUAUUUGAAUAUUUCAAAUAAAUAAUUUAUU